UGGGCCAGGCCCCGAGCAGCCUGAGCCCCGGGUCCUGUCGGGGGAGCCGGGCCCUCAGCGCCUUCAGCUCCCACAGGCCCUGCGGGUCCCAGCCGCUCAGGGGCCGGGCUGUGGGCUGAGGUCAGGGCCUCCCACUGCGGGGGCCUCAGGCUGUGGGGCCUGGGCUGUCCAGCCGCUCCUCCUGCCCCGGGACCUGCAGACCCUCAGCCCAGGGUCCUGAGGCCACGGCUGGGGCUGGAGGGAGUGGACCCUGGUUUGGGCACCGGGUGGGUGAGAUGUGGGAGAUUCUCCCAGGCACAGGGACCGGGAUAUGCAAAGGCUGGGAGUGAGAAGUGGUCUGUUUCAGGAAUCAGAAGGUAUACUUUUAAUAUAUAGAAUUGAUUUUAGACUUAGGAAGGAAUUGAGAGAGAAAGAGAAAAUUCUAUGAGCCAAGAAACAAGGAUCAGUUCCUCCCUGCUCAAGCCCUGCUGGGGAUCCAGCCCAUCACCCAGGCAGGUGACCUGACCAGGCCUGGAACCUGCCACCUCUGUGCGUAUGGGUCCAUGCUCAACUACUGAGACCCAUCAGCCAGGGCUGUGGAUCACCUUAAUACCGGGAAUCAUGGAUAUGAACUUUGAGGACGUGGCCAUUGUCUUCUCUCAGGAGGAGUGGGGGCUCCUUGAUGAGGCUCAGAGACUUCUGUUUUGCGAUGUGAUGCUGGAAGUGUUUGCACUUGUGUCAUCUGUAGGAGAUGAACUUUGAGGACGUGGCCAUCGCCUUCUCUCAGGAGGAGUGGCGGCUCCUGGAUGAGGCUCAGAGACUUCUGUACUGCGACGUGAUGCUGGAAGUGUUUGCACUGGUCUCAUCUGUAGGUUGUUGGCAUAAAACAGAUGAUGAGGAGGUCUGUCCCGAGAAGACCAUAUCUAUACAAGGAGAGUUACAGUUCAGGGCUUAUGAGACAACUCCUGCAACUCAGAGGACCCAUCUGUGUAAGCAGUGUGUCUCGGUGUUCAAAGAUAUUCUGCACCUGACUGAGUCACCAGGGGCAGACUUUGAGCAGAAAGGCUUCUUCCGUGAUGCACGUGUGAGAGACUUCUGUUUCAGUGCAAACCUUCACCAGCAGCAGACGGAAGCCAGUGGAGAGAAGCCCUGGAAAGAAGCUGUGGACGGGGCCUCGUUUGUGACCAACUUCAGCUUCUCCUUAUCAGGGCUGCCUUCAACCAGUGGGCAGGUUGGGGAAGACUUCCCAGCCAUCUCAGGCCUUCUCCAGCACCAGGCCCCUCUCAUCACUGAGGACCUGCACAGUGGCAGUGAGAUUCCACAGGAAUAUCUUGGUGGAAAAAGUCUUCGCCAGACUUGGAACUGUGAAAAUUCAGGCAGCCACAACCGGAAAGUCGUUCAGCAUCAGGGUGCCUGCUCUGGAGAAGGGAAAUAUGAGUGUGACAACUGUGGGAAAGUUUUUAAACGAAUCUUUCAUCUCAUUCGACAUGGGAGAAUUCACACUGGAGAGAAGCCCUAUGAGUGUACUGAUUGUGGGAAGUCCUUUGGGCAAAGCUCUAACCUCCUAAAACACCACAGAGUUCACACUGGAGAAAAGCCAUAUGAGUGUAGUGAUUGUGGGAAAUCUUUUAGAUUCAAUAGUUACCUUCAUAUCCACAAGAGAGUUCAUACUGGAGAGAGGCCAUUUGAGUGUGGUGAUUGUGGGAAAGCUUUCAUUGAUAGAUCUAUCCUCAUUCGCCACCACAGAGUUCACAGUGGAGACAAGCCUUAUGAGUGUAGUGAAUGUGGUAAGUCCUUCAGUGAAAGAUCUGGCUUAAAUAAGCACCACAGAAUUCACACUGGAGAAAAGCCAUAUGAUUGUACAGAUUGUGGCAAGUCAUUCAGUCGAAGCUCUACCCUCAUUAAACAUCAGCGAGUUCACACUGGAGAAAAGCCAUAUGAGUAUAGUAACUGUGGGAAGUCAUUCAGUCAAAGCUCUACCCUUACUCAACACCAAAGAGUUCACAGUGGAGAGAAGCCUUAAAUGUGCAUGAAAUGUGUUAUUUUUCUCACUUAGAAUAACAUCACCGAAGGUGAUUCCUUGGGACCUAUUUAUAUGAAUAUAAUCCCCUUUUAAGAGAACAAACACCAUGCUAUUGUAGAUUCUUCAUAAGUUUCAUGUGUAAGUGAGGCUUGAAGGACCUCCAUUGCACUAGCUAACAUGCCCAGACCUACCCCCUUGAUAUCACUGUGAGUGUUUGUGGCUGAAGAGAUUUCACCUCUGACACCUGGUUCACCUGAGAAGUGUGCACCCAUCACCACCGGGAGUGCUCAGGGGAAAUGUCUUCUAUGUUUCUCCUGUCCUUGAGAAAAGUAUGAUUACUCUGAGCUCUUGACAGCAUCUUCAUUCCUAUAUCUCGGACUAGAGAAUGAAACUGACCCAGGGGUCAUCCAGAGCACCCAUUCUCAGCUACGAAGUGUCAUCUCUUUCAGGAACAUGGUUCUCACAUUAUGCUGUGAUGAAUUGCUUCAGCCUCUAAGUCACUCUACUGCAAUCCUCUCUUCUGGUUUAUGAUACUUGUGUGUAUGUGUGUUUGUAUCUAUAAUUUUGAUCUUUCUGUAGACUCCCUGGGGUAAUUUGAAAGGAAAGUUGUGAUCUUUCUCGAUGGAGAUGUAAACAGAUAUGGUGGGGUCCCAAAUUCUCUGCAUUUGAAGACACACCAUACUGACAGAAAACCAUUUCUUGUUCAAUAUUGGCUUUUAAUCAAUCUACAUUCCAAAAUAUUGAGAGAAAGACUGCCUGACUUUAUGGCUCUAAUUUUGAGCCUGGUGCCUCUAUUAUUGGUGCUGUCAGUGGUCACCUAGAAAAGGAGGCUUUUGUAGUGCUUCUGUGAACAACACGAAUUAUAUUCUCUGUUCACAGUAUGGAUUUCACAAUUCUCAGCAAUGUUUAGGGGGCUUCGUUCCACAUAGUGUAAAGCAGCAUGUGCCAUAAUGUAUAAGAUUUCAUAGGCUGGUGCCUUUUGUUUUAAGACACUGAGGUUUAUAUUGAACUACAAUUAGUAAGAAACACUGUUCAUAGUGCUUGGGAAAGACGAGUAAAUCUGAUAAAGAGUGCCUCUUCUCAACCUUAUCCAGAAAUGGUUUGGGGCUAGGGCUUUGCGAUUUUUGUGAAUGAUGUUCUCAGGACCUCCAUCACUGCUGCUUGUGGCUGAAAUAAUUGCCAGAAAAAAAUAAUGGAACAGUUUUUUGGAUUUCCUUCGCCUAUCUAGUGUGUUCACCACAGGAUUUGCUCAGCAGGCAAGACCUGAAAGCUAGAGGAAGGAAAAUUAAUCACUCCAGGAUGUAUUUUUAAAAAUAUAUAUUUUAUUGAUUUUGUACAGAGAGGAAGGGAGAGAGAUAGAGUUAGAAACAUCGAUGAGAGAGAG